CAUUAGGAUUAAACGCGACCGUCCAUUAGGAACCAUCGGGAACCAUUAAACACCAUUAGUGUCCCAUUACAAACCAUCAGUGUUACAUUACAGGCCACUGAAAACACAGCGAUUUUAGUCCGGACUCGAUGUAAAGACCUGAAACUGUGUGAGCAGGGUGGUGGUAUUGAAUUUGGUGUAUGUUAGGGUGGUGUUUUGUUGUUUUGAGAAAGCAGCAGUUAGACGCACGACUGGGAUACAAAGAGCAGCGACUUGCUCUGCUGCAGCUGCACGCGCUGCUUUUCUUCUACUACACUAUUUAAGGUUGCGUUAUCAAACGGAAGGUCUGGUUUUAUUACACUUUAAGAUGUCGCGUCGAAAGCAGACAAAGCCGAGUCCUCUGGAAGAUCAUGAUAUGGACCUUGAAAUCUCAAGGAUUCCUGCUCCCUACAUGGAAAGUGAGGAGGAAGAAAGAUUACUGCAGGAUGAUUGCGAGUAUCACAGUGAAACCUCAGAGAGAGAAAAGAAGAGUGCGGUGGAAUCACAGAAAAUCUCUCUGCUGGAGCUCAUGAAGAAACAGAUCACUGUCAAGAGACAGAGGGAUUUCUUGGACAGUGAUGAGGAGUCUGUUGUUUCUUAUAAACUUUACCAGGAACUUCAAGAUAGUUACGUAAUGCUGAAAAAACGUCUCAGAGAGAAGGACGUGAUCAUUGCAGAGAAGGACACUGCAAUUAGGAAACUGAGUGAAAAGUGCAGAAGGAUGUCGGUGGAGUUGGACAAAAUCAGACAAUUAAAUAUUUGCCUUCAAGAACAACUUUUUUUAAAAGACGAUGGAAUGCAGACACAGCACACAAUGUACACAGAAAACACAGAAUGUUCGUAUGAGCCCUAUGAAGAUGUAUUGGAUCCUAAAGUGACGGAGUUUGAAGAACCCCCACCUGAGGAUCUCGUAGAGAAGGACUUCGGGAGGGUGGAUCUAGGACAUGGUGUCCUUUUGGACAAUCAAAAGUGGAAAGCCAUCCAAAGAAUGGAUUCUCAUUCUAAGUUUUGUAAGUCGUUGGCCGUAGCCAUUUGGGGCCUUGAGACGCUAAAGGAGAGGAGUGUGACCGGCUCCAAGUCUAAUGCCAUCAAAGGUUCUGUGGCGAAGCCUCCAUUAUCACCAGAGAAAGUUGGUGUCAUUAGAGAGUGCCUGAAGGAUCGACUACAGCAGCGUGGCUAUCAGAAGGAGGAAGUUGAUGGGCAGCUGCGUUUGGUUCGACGUUUUCUUUCGGAGAAAAUUUGCGACAUCAAAAGGAAAGUCAGUAUAAAUUUAGAGGGUACCAGCCCCUCCACUAGUUCUCAAGUUUCUCAGACCUGAAGAUUUGCCACUCAUUUUGCUACUGGGUGCCACAGGAUCUACAGCUACAAAGGACUGUGAAUGACUGUGAAGUGGAAGAAACCUUCCUCCAUUAGUUAAACAAAGUGCGUUUUUAGGUUCAACCCAAUUAUAGAACAGUUAUGCAUACUACAGUGUUAUCAAAUGUGAUGGUUACUGUGGUAUAAGAGAAAUAAACCAUUUUGUAACAUGCUAUUAUUAGAAAAUAAUCAACUUUGGGGUGGUUACACGGUACAGUUGUUGAUUAUUUUCCUAUAAAACAUGCCCUGUGGUGGUUUAUUCCUUACUUGUAGUUUUAUUGCUAUUUAUAUGUAAAACCAAUUUUGUCUACGUAGUGCUUUAUGUACUUUUGAUUUUAUGUUUUGCGGGGUUUUGUUGGUCGCCCAAACAUUACCAACAUGUAAUCCAGAAUAGUAGAUUUCACCAAACAUUUCAGCAAAGAUGAUUGAAAGAGAUUAUUGAUUAUUAUGUGUAGUUGGUGGUCAAUUAACAGGUCAGAAGCUCAUGAAUUCAGCAGCCGUUAAUGUUCAUAAUCUGCAAAGAUGAAUUUACCAAACAUAAAGGCACAACAUUCAAAGGAGAAACUGAGAUUACUGUUGUUAUUUCAUUUUGUUCCAUAAAAAAGUGCCCCUCUGUAUCUCAUUCUCUAAUCACAUUCAAUAAGCACCUGCAGUGUUUCAGUGAUGAAAUGCUGUGCACUAUAUUACGGUAGCUGUAUACUGCAUGUAAAGACAGUAAGUCAGUAAACCAUCUCUUCUUUCAUGGAAAACUCUCAGUAUGCCUUUGUUUGGACAAUCUCCCAGGACAGCUGGCAGGUCCAGGGGCGUAAAUAAGACCCUUUGAUUUCCCUAUUCCAUUUUCUAAACUCUAUUUUUGCAAAUUUCAGGAUUCUUUGUUUGGAUAUUUAUAUUCUACACCUUUAAAAGGUCUAUAUAGAGUGUUUCUCUAGCAGAACAAUUCCAAGUAGAACCCUUUUUUCUACUGAUUAAAUAUAGGAAAUCAAUUGCAUUUAGUGUAAGUUUGCUUUUAAUGUGUAACAUUUCUUAUCUAAAACUAAUGGAGACAAAUAAAAACAAAAUAUAUAAACAAAACUCUGAAUGUAUGUACCAUUCUGAAUGGUGGGACGAAAAUUAGAUAAGUGUAGACUUUCAGUGUACCUGCUGGACUACUGAAAAAAAUAGCCUAACAUUCCCUAGAAUGCUCAGUGUAAUAGCAAAGUUUAGCUUAUCUAUUAGUGAGGAGUUGACCUGUCUAUCUUCUCUACACAUGUAAUAUCUACACAAGUUUUUAGCUGAUGGUACUUAUAUGUAACUCUAUACAAAGCACAUCAUAAUUUUUUUGUUUUUGCUAAUUUACUUUUAAUUUUUUCGCUGCCAGGAAUGGGCAACUAAUAAGCAUUAGUUUUGUGAAUUUGUAGCAUAUUCCCUUUGAAAGCACUUUUUAAAUGAUUUAUUUUCUAAAGUCACUUAUUCACCAAACCAUGAGCCAAAACAAUAGGUUUUUAGGUGUGGUAUAUCUCAUAUCUCAUUUAAUAUCUUAACCUUAGGAAGAUUAAGGUAUGCACUAACAUGGAAUAUAGUAAUAUUGCCAUUUAAAUAAAUGGGAUUGUUUAGCAAAACAUGGAUUCCAUAAAAAACAAACUUACUUCCAGUACAGAAAGUAAUUUGUUAUAUUUCUCCUGUCACAGUUCCUGUAGGUGAUUAUUGUGUCCAGUAGAUGGCACUAUAGCCAUUUGCUUUACAUUUACAUCUACAUUUAGCUUGCAGGUUGCCAACCGUGGUUCUGGAGUACUCCUUGUCCUGCACGUUUCUAACACACUUAACACAUAACUUUACACACAACACACUUCACAACACAGUUAAGGCUAUUAAUUAACUGAUUAAUUAACUCAGGUGUGUUGGAGCAGGAAAACACUAAUGCAUGCAGGACAGGGAGGUUCUCCAGGACCAGGGCAGACAAUCUUAUUUAGCAGAGAGACUUAUUAAUACUGAGGCUGGUUUAUUUUUCUGAAUCGUAUUUGCAUUGAGCCUCAAAGAGGUUUAUAGAUAAUUGCAGUGUGCAGAUGGACUGAAGCAGUGAUCACCAAGCACAACCACCAACCUCUUCCUUGAUAUUUUCCUUCCUGCAGGUUUCAUCUACAACUAAAAUCUAACACACUUGUUUUAGUUGAUCAAGAACUUCUUAAGGCAAUGAUUAGAUGGUCAGAUGGGCACAAUUAUAGUUGGAGCUAAAGUCUUCAGGAAGGUAGGUGUCCAGGAACAGGGUUGAUGACACUGGAGUAAGGUGUACAUGCAAACGAUUGAAAGUGCAGGAAGAGAAAGUAGGGUGAAUUCAGACAUUUUGGAACAGUUUUUGAAUUUCUAACUUGUCAAAGCUUUCUUGCCAUUAAUAAAACACAAUCCCUCAACAUGUGAUCCAAAUCCUCAAGUUGUUUACAUGUGACUUUUUAAAUGAAUUAAAAUUCGAAGGGGAGGAAAUGUCUGUCAUAUUCUAAAGAAGCAUGGCUUAAGCUUUUGUUAAUACUAACUGAUAACCAUUUGGGACACAUAUUUCAUUGUUUUGUUCUGUUUUGUUUUCAUCCUCAAAUAAAUGUUUAAAAUGUUAUUUAGUUCUAGCAC